AUGGGGAAAACACAGAAGAAAAACAGCAAAGGUCGUUUGGAUAAGUACUACUACUUGGCCAAAGAGAAGGGUUACCGUGCUCGUUCGUCAUUUAAAAUCAUUCAAAUCAAUGAGAAGUUCGGACACUUUUUAGAAAAGUCCAAGGUCGUAAUCGAUCUAUGUGCGGCACCGGGAUCCUGGUGUCAAGUUGCUUCUAACCUUUGCCCAGUAAAUUCGCUAAUCAUUGGUGUCGAUAUUGUACCGAUGAAAUCGAUGCCCAAUGUUAUCACCUUCCAAAGUGACAUUACAACUGAGGACUGCCGCUCCAAGCUGAGAGGAUACAUGAAGACAUGGAAGGCUGAUACUGUCAUGCACGAUGGUGCCCCGAACGUUGGUUUGGGCUGGAUUCAAGACGCUUACACACAAUCGCAUUUGACGCUACAAGCGCUAAAGCUGGCAGUGGAAAACCUGGUUGUGGGUGGUACUUUCGUUACCAAAAUUUUCAGAUCUAAGGACUACAAUAAACUGAUCUGGGUCUUCGGUCAGCUUUUCGACAAGGUUGAGGCAACGAAACCUCCAGCUUCGAGAAAUGUCUCCGCAGAAAUUUUUGUCGUGUGCAAGGGUUUCAAGGCUCCAAAAAAACUAGAUCCAAGAAUACUAGAUCCUAAAGAGGUCUUCGAAGAGUUGCCAGAUGGUCCACAAAACAACGAAGCCAAGGUCUUCAAUCCGGAGAAGAAGGUAAGGAAGAGAGAGGGUUACGAAGAAGGUGACUAUCUACUUUACCACACGAAGCCUAUCAUGGACUUUGUAAACACUGAAGAGCCGAUCGACAUGCUGGGAAGCCUGAACAAGUUCACCGUCAACCCAGAGGAGCACGAGUGGAAAAUUCUCAAAAAAUUGAAACAGACCACCUCGGAGUUCAUGGCAUGCAUAGAGGAUCUAAAGGUUCUCGGAAAGAAGGACUUCAAAAUGAUACUGAAGUGGAGAAAAGCAGCCAGAGAUAUCUUGGGGAUAGACAAAGAGGAAGAGCAAACUGCUGAAGAGGUACCGUUGACCGAGGAAGAGCAAAUUCAGAAGGAGCUACAGGGUCUGCAGGAGAAGCAAAGAUUGAAUCAGAAGCGCGAAAAAAGAAAGAAGAACGAGAUGAAGCAGAAGGAACUUACAAGAAUGCAAAUGAACAUGCUGACGCCCGCCGACAUUGGUAUCGAAUCUGCUGACAUAGGACGAGAUGCCAUAUUCAACUUGAAAAGUGCUGAAAAAACCGGAAUCCUCGACAAGCUAGCCAAGGGAAAGAGAAGAAUGAUUUUCAACCAUGAUGAGCAGUCGAACAAUGACGACAUUCACAUUGCAGACGAUGCACCUCUUGCAGAACGUGAUGACCUUGCUGAGGCCGACGAGUUAGAGGACCAGUUAAACUUCAUGUAUCAAAAUUACAAAGAGAAGAGGGCUGAAAGAGACGCGAAUUAUAAGGCCAAACAAGCUCGUGGCGGGGAUACAGAUGGUGAGUGGACAGGUUUUGCCGAUAAAGCUAAUGGCUCCGAUUCUGAAGAUCAAAAAGAUCAUAUAAGUGAGGAUGAAAACUCAGCGCUCUCUGAUUCUGAUGACGAUGAAGCCAUCAACAAAUUGAUCGCCAAUAUCAAAGCUCCAAAGCAUGCAUUGAGCUCCAAAGCCAGAUCCCUAUUUGAUCAAUCCAUUUUUCAAGGUGUUGAAGCUGACCUUCCCACAAAGCAGGAACCUAAUGCAGUUGCCGAUGCUGACAAAGGGCCAGCCAUCGAAGAAAGCGAGAGUGAGAGUGAGAGUGAAGAUGCAGAUGACGAUGCCAAUGAUUUCGAGAUUGUCACUAGAGAAGAGGAUGAGGAUCAGAACAUGGAUUCAGACUAUGAUUCUGAUGACGAAAAAAGGGAAGCGGAGAAAGGAAAGCAUUCGAAGGAAAUCGACAUCGCGACCGUCGAAGCUAUGACGUUGGCCCAUCAGCUUGCGUUAGGACAAAGGACUAAACAUGAUUUGGUCGACGAAGGUUUCAAUAGAUAUGCAUUCCGUGACAACGAGAACCUACCCGACUGGUUCUUAGAAGACGAGAGAAGUCACUCUAAGAUCAAUAGGCCUAUAACAAAGGAAGCAGCGUUAGCUAUCAAGGAGAAAAUGAAAGCGCUAAAUGCUAGACCAAUUAAGAAGGUUGCUGAAGCCCACGCGAGAAAGAAGAUGCGCGCCGUUGCCCGUCUGGAGAAGAUCAAGAAAAAGGCAGGUCUCAUUAACGAUGACGCUGACAAGUCAGAGCGUGAUAAGGCGGAUGAGAUCGCAAAAUUGAUGAAGAAGGUAAAUAAGAAGCAGACGCGGAAACCUAAGGUCACCUUAGUCGUGGCAACGGGUAAGAACAGAGGAUUGUCAGGCAGACCUAAGGGUGUGAAGGGCAAAUAUAAGAUGGUUGACGGUGUGAUGAAGAACGAGCAGAGAGCUUUGAAGCGUAUCGCGAAGAAACAUCACAAAAAAUAG